CCAAUCGCCAUCUUCAUAUCUCCAUCCUCCGAUCGCCAUCUCGAACAAGACAGGGAUUCCUAUUUUUUCCUUUUUUCGUUCUGCCUUUGCGUCGUUCCGUCGUUCAAUUCUGGUUUCUGGGCGACUCUGCUCCAGAUGGGAAGGUGCACAUUGUGAGUUUCUUGAUUCCACCCGGCCAGUAGUACCUUUUAAGGCAAAGCAGCGGCAAGAAAAUUCAAUUCGUCGAUUGAUCGAGGAUGGGAGGAGCCGUGCUAGUCGCCCUUGCUGCUGCCAUUGGCAACCUCUUGCAAGGAUGGGACAAUGCAACAAUAGCAGGAUCAGUGCUUUACAUCAAGAAGGAAUUCAACCUGGAAACGCUGCCGAUGAUAGAAGGGCUGAUCGUGGCGAUGUCAUUAAUCGGAGCGACAUUCAUCACGACGUUCUCGGGACCCGCAUCUGAUUCGCUUGGAAGACGACCGAUGCUCAUAAUCUCCUCCGUUCUCUAUUUCCUCAGUGGCUUGGUCAUGUGGUGGGCCCCUAAUGUUUAUGUCCUGCUUCUGGCAAGGCUGCUGGAUGGGUUUGGAGUUGGUCUCGCUGUGACACUUGUUCCCGUUUACAUAUCCGAAACUGCCCCUCCGGAGAUUAGAGGAUUUCUGAAUACUUUCCCCCAGUUCACUGGCAGUGUUGGGAUGUUUUUGUCAUAUUGUAUGGUCUUUGGAAUGUCACUCACGGAUUCACCUAGUUGGAGGCUGAUGCUUGGAGUUCUCUCAAUCCCUUCUCUUCUCUACUUCCUUUUGACUAUUCUCUACUUGCCUGAAUCGCCUAGGUGGCUUGUCAGUAAAGGCAAGAUGAGGGAGGCCAAGAAAGUUCUGCAGAAAUUGCGCGGGAGGGAUGACGUAUCAGGCGAGAUGGCACUGCUGAUGGAAGGUCUAGAUGUUGGAGGCGAUACAUCGGUUGAGGAAUAUAUAAUUGGACCAGACAAUGAGCUUCUUGCUGAUAACCAAGAGCAUGCAGUAGACAAUAAGAAUCAGCAGACUAUUAAGUUAUAUGGUGCUGAAGAAGGCCUUUCAUGGGUAGCAAAACCGGUCACGGGUCAAAGUACACUCGGCCUGGUUUCUCGACGCGGAAGUAUGGCUGCAGCAGCAGCUCAUGGCUCUUUCGUGGACCCGAUGGUCACUCUCUUUGGCAGCGUACAUGAGAAACUUCAAGAUCCAGCAGGAGGAAGCAUGAGAAGCAUGCUGUUUUCAAACUUUGGCAGCAUGUUCAAUGUGGCCGAGAACAAGAAUGAACAAUGGGAUGAGGAGAACGUAAGGGACGGGGAGGAGAGCCACAUGUCUGAUGAUGACUCCGGGCACGAUUCGUCCGAGGAAAACAAUUUAAGGAGCCCUUUGCUCUCGCGUCAAGGCACAAAUGCCGGAAGGGAUAUUGCGGAGACUAGACAAGGAAGCACUCUCAUCAUGCAAGGAGGCGAAGAAGUAGGCGGCAUUGGCAUUGGAGGAGGAUGGCAGCUUGCCUAUAAGAAAGAUGAGAGGAAGGAAGGGGCACUCAAAAGGAUCUAUUUGCACCAAGAAGGCGGUGGCAGUGUUUCACGACGCGGGUCUAUGAUCUCGCUUUCGGGAGGACCUGAUAACCCUGCAGCAGAAGGUGAAUGCAUUCAAGCUGCUGCUCUGGUUAGCCAGUCAGUUCUUAGGACAGAAGACAUUAUGGGCCAAAAACCUAUUGAAGAAGCUAUGGAGAAAACUUCCAAGUCUGCAACUAAAGAAUCAACCUGGAAGGAUCUCUUCGAGCCUGGAGUUAAGCAUGCACUUAUUGUUGGUGUUGGACUUCAAAUACUUCAACAGUUUUCCGGUAUAAAUGGGGUUCUCUAUUACACUCCUCAAAUUCUUAAACAAGCCGGUGUAGGACUCUUGCUUUCAAAGUUGGGGUUGGGCACAGACUCGGCAUCUAUCCUCAUAAGUGCUGCCACGACUUUGUUGAUGCUUCCCGCGAUAGGCAUUGCAAUGAGGCUGAUGGAUAUUGCUGGCAGGCGGUGGCUUUUGCUCUACACGUUGCCGGUCUUGCUAGCAUCGCUAGUGACACUAGUCUUGGGCAACAUUAUUCAUGUGUCCCAAGUACUCAACGCCGUUAUAUCCACAAUAAGUGUUGUGAUCUACUUGUGCUGUUUCGUCAUGGGGUUUGGCCCGAUACCGAACAUCCUUUGCGCUGAGAUCUUUCCAACGCGUGUUCGUGGCCAGUGCAUUGCCAUAUGUGCUCUCACAUUUUGGAUUGGAGAUAUCAUUGUCACAUACUCCCUCCCUUUAAUGCUCUCAUCUGUUGGACUUCGUGGGGUCUUUGGCAUCUACACUAUUGUGUGUGCAAUAGCAUGGGUUUUCGUCUUCUUAAAAGUUCCUGAAACGAAGGGCAUGCCACUUGAAGUGAUCACGGAGUUCUUUGUUGUUGGCGCGAAGCAAGCUAGUGAAUAAUUAAUUGCACCAAUGCAACUUUUCUUCUAUUGCUCUCCACAUUUUAGUGGAAUUUGAAUAAUUAGGAGGGAGUCAGAUGCAUGCUCACUGAAAUUCAAAGUCAUCUAGGAUUGAAAUUUUGGAAGGUACACAGAGAACAAGAAAGACGAUCAAUCCUCAAGAAGAUCAAUGUCCAGAAACAAAUGAAUUAUAUUUAUUUAAUUCUUUUUAAUACGUCGUAGUAUAUGUUAUGCAUCAUUCUUUUAAACCUUGGGUUUCAUAAAUCAGUCGCAUUGGCCGCAUAAGAAUGGAAAUAUUCAUUAUAGAAAUUCUUCUUGUGUUGAUACAUACCUAAUAAUGAGUAGUACACAAU